AUGUCACUGGUUGCAACAAGAGAGCGUCGUGCGAAUGCUGGCGCACGAAUGAGAGAACUUAUUCAAAAAGAAAUGGAAUUAGAAGAAAUGUUUCAAGAGAUGCCUGAGGAUGAUGACUUUAUGGUUACUAAAGAUGAGGAAGACGAUUUUGAUUCCGACUUUGAUCAAAAUAGCAGCGGGCCAGAAGUUGAUGACGAUAAAGCUGAAUUGCAAAUACUGUUGGAAGAAAAACUAGAAAAAAAAAGAUCGAAAAAGUCAAGUUUACCAUUUCCAGGUCCAGCUUCACGGUUUAAAAAAAAGGAUACUGAUAAAGUUCCAGUGACACCUAAAACUAUUCCAGAUCAAGGUGUUAAUGAUGAAUCCUCGAAUAUUAUAUCUGAUAAAAAGAAGAAAUCAUCCAAUACAACACCACUUUUACAUGGUGUUAGAUCAUCGUCUCGUUCUCUAACAGUUCAAAGUAAACAAAUGUUGGCAGAAAAAUUGAAAGAAUAUGAAAAAAAAAAGGCAGCACAUCCAAAACGUGAAAAAGUGAUUGUUCAGCGUAAAACUCAAGAAGAAUUACUUGCAGAAGCUAAAGAAACAGAGGAAAAAAAUAUAGCAUCUCUUCGCGCUUUUGAAUUAAGGGAGGCUGAAAAGAAAAUGUCUGCUAAGCAAUCAAAAAAAAUUAUCAUGAACGGACCUUUUAUUAGAGAGAUUUCUUAUGUUAUUGGUGACAAUAAAAGAGAAGUAAAAAGACCAAAAUUAAUAACAGAAGUCUCGGUAGAUGAUGAAAGAAAAAAUAAUAUAACGGAUAAUAUAACGAAUAAUAUAACGGAUAAUGUAACUGAUAAUAUAACGGAAUCAAAAGAUACUGAUAACAUAACGGAAUCAAAAGAUACUGAUAAUAUAACGGAAUCAAAAGAUACUGAGAAUAUAACGGAAUCAAAAGAUUUAAAUUGCACUAUGAACAAUGUCGAAAUUGAAAAUCAAAAUCAGGAUAAUAGAGAAGUAAGGAAUUUACUGAUAUUUUCUCAGUUCUCAAAAGUAGAAGAGGCUAAACUAUUUCAAGAAUGGAAGAAAAAACCACAAAGGGCGAAAAAAGUAUUAUGUCCUUUUACUGGACUUAUUGCAAAAUAUAAGGACUCUAAAACUGGUAUACCAUACGCAAAUGUAGAAGCAUAUAGUAGAAUUCAAAAAUUAUUGCAACAUAAAUACAUUUGGUCAGAAGCACAUAAUGCAUAUAUAAAUGAUGUUAAUCAAAAACCGGCUGAGGGUACACCUGAUAGUUUUCGAACUGUAUGA